AUGUCUCCCCCUCUGUCUACCGCGUUGAUCCCUCCCAAAUUUCUGAGACCAGCCUUUCUCACCGGCAGCACCCCCUUCCGCGUCUCUCGAGCCCAUCCGUCGGUCUCAUACACUCUAUACAUACCUGAACAUGCGUAUAACCCAGAUCCAUCGCGAUCUACAUCCGAUGACCCGGUCUACUCACUUCCGCGCCUUCCGCUGGUCGUCGUCGUCCACGGCACUGGUCGUAAUGCUGAAAAGUGCCGCGACAGCUUCAAGGAGUUCGCGGACAAACACCACGUUGCAAUCCUUGCUCCGUUCUUUCCAGCUGGGAUGACAUCCGCCAUCGACCUGGACAGUUACAAGGUACUCCACACCGCGCAGAACUUCAACUCGGACCAAAUCCUCCUGUCGAUAAUCGACGACGAAAUUGCAACCAUCUGGCCGGGUAUAUCGACAUCGAAAUUUUUUCUGGUAGGCUAUUCCGGCGGAGGUCAAUUCUCCCUGCGAAUGCUCUAUGUCCAUCCCGAACGUUUUCAGGCUGUCUCCAUCGGCGCCCCGGGCCGUCCCACCUUUCUCGACCCCAGUGAGUCUUGGCCAGAUGGGAUACGUGAUAUUCAGGCUGUAUUCGGGUCUGGCGCAAAGGUUGACAUCGACGCCAUCAAGGCCGUCCCGGCAAUACAGCUGCUAUGUGGGACCGAGGACGACUUCAUCCACGGUGGCGAGGAAUUCAUGACUUUCAUAUCGAAGUUCAAGGCUGGUUUGACCAAAUCCCAAGACAGUGGCAGCAAUCAGUCCGGAGCUGAUGACCCGGGACUCGGUGUGAUGAAAGAGGGCAGAUUGACAGGCCUAAGCAGGUUGAGGGAUAGUUGGGAAUAUCUCGGCAUUAAUGCGAGAUUCGACCUUGUACCUGGAGUGGCUCAUGAAGCCCACAAGGUCGUUCCUACGAUUCAGGACUUUCUAGGACCGUCAGUUGAUGCCUUUAGGAAGCAACUAUAG